CUGAUUGGCCGGCGCUGCCAGAGAGUUACAAUUCAAACGCGGGCGGGCGGGCCCACUGGCCUGCAGUUGCAGUCGUGUCUUUCUAGUUCCUGGUUCUCUAAUAUCGCCGACCGAAUGGCCUCCCAGAACCGCGACCCAGCCGCAGCCAGCGUCGUCGCCGCCCGGAAAGGGGCUGAGCCCAGCGGGGGCGCUGCCCGGGGCUCCGUGGGCAAGAGGUUACAGCAGGAGCUGAUGACCCUCAUGAUGUCUGGUGACAAAGGCAUUUCUGCCUUCCCUGAAUCAGACAACCUUUUCAAGUGGGUGGGGACCAUCCAUGGAGCAGCUGGCACAGUAUAUGAAGACCUGAGGUACAAGCUCUCCCUCGAGUUCCCCAGUGGCUACCCUUACAACGCGCCCACAGUGAAGUUCCUCACGCCCUGCUACCACCCCAACGUGGACACUCAGGGUAACAUCUGUCUAGACAUCCUGAAGGACAAGUGGUCUGCCCUCUAUGAUGUCAGGACCAUCCUCCUCUCAAUCCAGAGCCUGCUAGGAGAACCCAAUAUUGAUAGCCCUUUGAACACACAUGCUGCCGAACUCUGGAAAAACCCCACAGCCUUUAAGAAAUACCUGCAGGAAACCUACUCAAAGCAAGUCUCCAGCCAAGAGCCCUAA